AUGAGCGACAGUGAAAUCGAUGAUAUCGAAAGGUUUCAAACAGAAAGAGACCGAGCACUCUAUGAAAAAGCCGGUCUCAAUAAUGAGGAUAACUCAGAGUUCGAGUUCAGUGACGAAGAGGUAAUGGGUAUUGAAAGCGGCGAGGAUGGCGAUCAAUCCGAGUACUAUGAGCAGGGAAAAUCCGCUCGAGCCGAAUCAACUGGCUGGGGCGCCUCACGCAAUAAUUAUUAUGGUGGUGACGACUACCAAGAAGAUGAAGAAGCCUUGGAAGAUGAGGAGGAAGAGGCAUUGCGUAUGCAACAGGCUCAAAUGGAGGAAAUGGACGAGGGUGAUUUUUACGACGAGGAUGACAUGGAAGGGUGGAAAAAGACCGCAGUCUCUACAGAAAUCGAAGUGGAAGAGCUUCCACAAGAAACUAGCAAUAUGAGUGCCGCUGAGCGUUUCGCAUUUAUCCAGAGCACUUAUCCGGAGGUUCUGCUGUUAUCCAAAGAGCUACAGAAAUGCAAAGAAGCUGCAAAAGACCUCGAGUCCGAGGAGGGUGAACUUGCUGAGUUCCAAAAAGUUGCGCUUAAUAGUUACAUGGGCAUGAUAUACUCUUAUUUUGCUCUGUUCACCAGCAAAGUGGCGGACGGCCCAGUCGACUUGAAAGAGCAUCCGGUUAUGGAGGGCAUUCUGAAAGCCCGCGAGCUUUGGCGGGUUGCCAUAGCAGCUGAAGAGCCUAUGGAGGAGCUUCAAGAGGAGCCAGAAGAUAUCUCUGCUGAUUCCGAAGAAGCUCUUUCUGAGAUCGAAUCGGACGUUGAAUCUGAAAUCUCCAAUUCAGACUUCGCCUCCUUUGAGUCUGAGCAGGACGAAGACGAAGAUGAUUUCACUAUCAAGCUGCCCAAAAUUAGCCGCAAAAAUGCCAAAAUUGCUGAUUAUGAUGAAGCUGCAGAUUCUAUCGAGCAGCAGGCACGUGCCAAGAAUAAGCAAAGCCUACGCUUCUAUACAUCACAGAUCGAUAAGCGUUCCGCCGUCAAGGAAGACAAAUUCCAGGGUGAUCUUGAUCUGCCCUACAAGGAGCGUGCGUUCGAGCGUCGUCAACGUUUAUUGGAGGAAGCUAGACAGCGUGGCCAGCAGACCCAAGACCGUCUUGGUGAGUCUGAGGACGAUGCAGAAGACACCGAGGAGAACCAUAACCCUCUUUAUGCAGAAACCAAAGCUGAGCGUGAAAAGAAGAAGCGCUUUAAGGUGGAGCGUCAUGCUGAAGCUGUUGCUGCGGCGAAGCAGGGCCGCUUAGAAGAAUACCUCGGCGAGAACCCGAAUGUGGACAAGCGGGCCAUCAACUACCAGAUCCAGAAGAACAAAGGUCUCACGCCAAAGCGCAAGAAGGAGAACCGCAACGCCCGUGUUAAGAAGCGGGUUCGUUUCGCAGCUGCGCAGAAGAAGCUCAAGAGUGUUCGUCGGGUAUACCAGGAACCCAGCGGCCCUUACGGGGGCGAGAUGUCUGGUAUCAAAAAGAAUCUCGUUCACAGUACCAAGUUUGGUGGUUAA